AUGCAAAAGAAACCAUCGAACGAUCAUCAAGAGAAUGUCAUUGAGGAUGAGAAUGACACUUCGGAAAGUACCAAAUGGGACACAAUUUCCAUUCCGAUCACAUCUUCAAGUGUUCAAAAUUUUCAGCAACACCAAAUAUACAAUCCAUUUCAACGAUUAUUAGAAAAUGAAGAUAUUCUCAUCACAGUGAUUGAAUUUUUAGAUCGAUUUUUGUAUUAUGGAAUAUUUCCUUGUGUUCGAAAUAUUUCCAUCGACUCACUCAUAAACCUUAUGCCUAUACGAGAUUGUAUUGGAAUUUUUCACAAUCACAUUUACAACGUUUGGAUUUAA